CUUAAAUAACGGCAUUAGAUUUCCACACGUCAGAGGAAGAAUAUUAGGGACGCCAACUCUUUGUCACACACAUUUCAAGACUGCAAGAUCAACACAAUGAAAACUUUCAUAACUAUUUUGGAACUUAUAUCAUUUCAAGCCUUCCUGGAGGUCAGUCAUGCUAAAUCCAUCAAAGCAGGCUGCAGCAUUCGAAUAAACAAUGACUUGCCAGAACCCCAGCCAUUGCUUCUAAUCCCAGGAGGCAGUAAAGAUGGGAAUGGAUUCUUUUUGCCAAAAGAUGGUGAUGACAUUGUUACAUUUGCUGUUGACGAGGAGGUGCUCUUAGCCUGUUCUGGUGAUAAUAACUAUUUGGUCUACAGUGAUUCUGGGACCAGAACUGCACUUGCAACCUGUAGCUCUGAUACUACAUUUUAUAUAAACCAAAUUCCUUAUAGAUUUUCAGAGUUUGCAUGUAGAGGGUACCCUUAUCAUGUUGCCAGGAGAUCUGGCAGUAAAUGUCAUGAUGGUACCAAAAGUCACAUUGAGAUUGGCUUUGAAGUUGAGUCAGACUUUUAUAAAAUAAUAGAUAUCUGUUUUGAUGAUACUCAAUUGAAGACUUUGUAUAGUAACUUCACAUUUGUGUCUGGUAUUGGUGGCUUCCAAGUAGGAUUUCCAAGGCCAAGUUUUAUACAAGAUGACUUCUACCCUGAGAUCUCAGUUGACAAUCUCUACACAAGAAACACACAAAGGCAGACAAUCAGUACCAUUCUUGGUUCGACAGAGUUAGCUGAUAAAUAUAUUGCAGAGUCAUCUGACUAUUUUCUAGCCAAGGGCCACUACACAGCCAAAGCUGAUUUUGUUUAUGGUUCCCAACACAGAGCUACUUUCCAUUUUGUAAACAUUUCCCCACAGUGGCAAACUUUCAACGGAGCAAAUUGGAAAGCACUUGAGAUGAGUGUACGAACCUAUGCUGACAAGAAUAACCUCAAUCUUGAUGUGUAUACUGGAACAUAUGGUGUUGCAACAUUACCAAAUGUUAAUGGCAUUGAGAAUGAGUAGUAUUUAUACGUUGAUGACAAUGACAACAAAGGGAUUCCUGUGCCAAAACUGUUCUGGAAAGCAGUGUACAAUCCAAAGACACAGGCUGGUAUUGUUUUUGUGGGAAUCAACAACCCAUAUGCUUCUAAUCCAGAAGAUUAUUUGAUUUGUAAUGAUGUUUGCUCAAAAAUUUCUUGGCUACAAUGGGAUCAGAAAAGUAUUAAGAAAGGAUAUUCCUACUGCUGUGAUGUUGAUGAAUUUAGGUCCACAGUCAGUACCCUCCCAGCAUUCAAAGUAAGUGGCCUGCUAAUAUAAUAUGUGAAAAAAUGCAGCAGCUGUUCUCUAUAGCAUUAUCAAAUAUAGUUCCCAAGCAGGACACAUGACCAUAUGCUCUAAAAUUCUCUAAAAUUCUCAA